AUGCGAGUUGCAUGGACCAGAUUGAUUCGCUUUAUCGCGACUGAUGGUCGCAUCCUGCGCGGAGAGCCCAUCCUCCCUAGUCCAGAGUUCGACCUGGGCAAGACGACAGAAGAGACCAAAUUACAAGCGAAGGUCAUUGUUGGUGACGAUUUAUACGAUAUUACUGGGAAGACAAACGUUUCUGACGAGGUCGUUACUGUCAAGAGGCUCCUUGGACCACUUUCGGCAGAGGACGUGGACAUCCUGCGCUGUGUCGGUCUGAACUAUGCCAAACACGUCAGAGAGGCUGGCCGUACGCCGCCUCCAUUUCCAUUUAUUUUCUUCAAACCCACGACCUGCAUCCACGAUCAUGAUGCAGAUGUUGAGAUUCCUGAAAUCGCCCAGGACGAUCAAGCAGACUAUGAAGGCGAGCUGGUGUUGGUAAUUGGCAAGGACGCGAAGAAUGUCACCCUUGGAGAGGCGCUGGACUAUGUGGCGGCUUACACCGUUGGCAAUGACGUUUCUGCUCGCAAGUUGCAGCGCGAUCCCAGGCUGGCAGGCGUGGUACCGCAAUGGGGAUUCUCCAAGGGGUUCGACACGUUUGCUCCCAUUGGCCCUGCGCUCAUCGCCUCUGAGCUGAUUGGGGAUCCAAAGGAACUGUUGUUGCAGACGAUUGUGGACGGGGAAGUGAGGCAGAAGGAAUACGUGAACGAUUUGCUUUUCGAUUGUGCGUAUCUAGUACACUACCUCUCCCAAGGCACGACGCUGCGGAAGGGCUCAGUGAUCAUGACGGGGACACCUGGCGGCGUUGGAGCUGGCUUGAAGCCCCCGAAUUACCUUACCCCGGGCACGGUCAUGGAGGUUUCGAUAAGCAAGAUUGGUACCUUGAGGAACGGAGUCAAGUUCGUUUGA